UUCACCUGAAUCUCGCACUCUCUCUCGCCGGAUGGCGAGCAUUCCCAUGUUCUGUGCCGGAAUGAGUGUCUCUCCCGUGUCUUCGCGAUGCUCCGCUGGCAAUAAAUCCGAUUGAGGUCUCUGCAGUUCUGUGACGAGAAUCGCACUGUGAGUUCAAUCCCGGCGCGCGAAAUCCGCGAACAAGAGUGAAAUGCUCACAUGCUGAUUGUCCAGUGGAUUGUGAAAUGUUGGUUCCUCCGGACAUGGUCGCGCCGCAGUCCAAGCUGGUCUACCAGAUCAAUAAGUUCUGCACGGAGCGCGUGCAGUGCCGAAUGGUGCAGAUGAGCAAGACCAUCUUCGAGAUCUGCAAGAUUGUCCAGGACAUUCUGCGCGAGGUGGAAAUCCAAGAGCCCAGAUUCAUAUCAAGUCUGGCCGAAUACAAUGGAAGGUACGAAGGCCUGGAAGUCAUUUCGCCGUAUGAGUUCGAAAUAGUGCUGUAUCUCAAUCAGAUGGGCGUCUUCAACUUCGUGGACGAUGGCACACUUCCGGGAUGCGCCGUGCUCAAGCUGAGCGACGGCCGCAAGCGAUCCAUGUCACUCUGGGUGGAAUUCAUCACAGCCUCCGGCUACUUGUCGUCCAGGAAGAUCCGCUCGCGCUUCCAGACACUCGUGGCUCAGGCAUGCGAGAAGUCUUGCUACAGGGACAUCGUGAGACUCUUGGCGGACGUGUCGGAGGUGAAGCUGAAGAUCAGAGAGCAGUUCAUCGUGCAGAUCACGCCAGCAUUCAAGUGUUCAGGCAUUUGGCCCAGAUCUGCCUCGCACUGGCCACUGCCCGGCAUUCCCUGGCCACAUCCCAACAUCGUGGCCGAGGUGAAGACGGAGGGAUUUGAUUUGCUCUCCAAGGAGAGCAUCGCCCUGCAGGGGAAGAACAAUGCCAUGGAGGGCGACGCGUGGGUGAUGAACUUCCGCGAGGCUGAGAAUAGAUUGUUGUACGGCGGAUGUCGCAAGAAGUGCUUGAGCAUCCUCAAGACACUCCGAGACAGACACUUGGACCUGCCCGGAGAUCCGCUCACGUCUUAUCACAUGAAGACGCUUUUGCUGUACGAGUGCGAAAAACACCCGCAGGAAAUUGAGUGGGACGAAACGUGCUUGGCGGACAGGAUCAAUGGGAUCUUCCUGCAGCUGAUCUCGUGUCUGCAGUGCCGCCGAUGUCCGCACUACUUCCUGCCCGGCCUCAAUCUCUUCAAAGGGAAAUCCACGGCGUCCAUGGAGAAUGCCGCCAAGGAGAUUUGGAAGCUGCUGCGGGAAAUGUUGACGAAUAGUUACGCAUUCGAGAAGCUUUGAGGGAAAUUGUACAACAGUUUCUAGCGAAUUUGUAAAAGUGAUAUAUUAAAUUUGUCAGUCUUUGUUAUCAAUCGCAAACAUUUCUCUUGCCAUGAGA